CGCUGCUGGGUUCAGACCUGCUGGAUGGUUUUGUGCCUCCUCUCCACGCUCUCCACCACUUUUGCUCAUUCUGAAGACAUCCACGAUGUGUCCAACAACCAAGAAAGGAGCCAUGAAAACUCAAAGUGGUUCUCAUCUUCAGCCAACAAUGGGAGUGAGGAGGAUGUUUAUGAAAUGCUUUGGCAGGAGAACCUGAAUCUGGCUGAGAAGACCCUGAAGCUUCCUUUUCUGCAGCAUAUGCAAAGUGGCGACCUGCAGGCUGACAAUUACAUAAACUUCAUGAUCCAGGACAUCUACUACCUGGCGAAGGUUACGGAUAUGUUGAAAGAGAUGUCCAAGAAAGUGCAGAAGCCUCCUGACCUAAAAGCAUUCAUGCAGGGAAGAAGUGAGAGCUACGAGCGUUUCAGGACUGAGAUGCUGAAGACCUUCAACCUGAAAGGUGUGUCUGAAAUCAAAGUCAACCCUGCCAUAGAGGGUUACCUAAAAACAUAUCAAAGUGUCAUGGAUAAGGAUAAACCCAUCAUGUUCGCUGUGAGUCUGCUGCCCUGCUCCAGGCUCUGGGUUUGGCUUGCAAAGAAACUAAACAUCAGCGACAAAAAUGCAUACUGGACCUGGAAGAAGAGCAACAUGGGCGGGCACCCAGAAAAACAUUAUAAGGCUCUGCUGAACAAGUAUUUGACGACAAAGGAUGACAUAAAACGUGCCAAAGAAAUAUUCCAGGACCAAAUGAUGAACGAGUACAACUUCUUCAAAGAAUCAUUGCAAAACUAAACAUCAUAGCUGCUGGUGGUUGUAAUGUAUUUUCUUGCUUGCGUCUCAUUAUAGUGCUUUGCUUUCUAAUAUCUUUUGACUUUGUUGAACUGAUGGUUUUAUGUUAUGCCUUCAUGUUUUUAUACUUAUGGACUUUGUGUGUAAAUCAGUUUAGCUAGUUCUCACAGUCUGCCUCACAAAUCCUCUUUACUUCUUCUGCUUUUGGCUAUAAAACAUUAUCCUUACUGUGGAAGUAAGAACAGCACUCUGACACCCUGAUGGUUACUCUGCUCUUAUCUUGAAUGAAAUUCUUUUAAUAAACCUGACUGAGUGACUUUCA